GCGAGAGCUAGGACAAGAAGGAAGAAAAGAGGAGUGUGUGUACGGGAUCUCAAAGCUGUGAUCAUGCUGAAUGUGGGAUCAAAUAAAACACAUGAAAACAAUCCAAAUCGAAGAUAUUAAUGCGGGUAAACGGUGGUUUGGUGAAGAGUGCACCGCGGCAUCAUGGUUAAACGCUGGACCUCGCUACUUCUAAUGGUCUUGCAGCUCCUCUGCAGUUGUGGAGGGAGCCAAAGGAUGGAGCAGCAGCAACCAUUGUCCAUGCAGUUUACACACCCACUGUACAAUGCCACCAUAUACGAGAACUCCGCUGCUAAGACUUACUUAGAAAGCCCCAUCAAAAUGGGCAUUUACAUUUCAGACCCAGCAUGGGAGAUAAAGUACAAGAUUGUGUCAGGAGACAGUGAAAACCUCUUCAAAGCCGAGGAGUAUGUCCUGGGAGACUUCAGUUUCCUGCGGAUAAGGACCAAAGGUGGCAGCACUGCCAUUCUCAAUCGGGAAGUGAAAGACCACUACUUGCUCUCAGUUAAGGCCGCAGAGAGGAGCACUAAUGCUGAGGCCCGUGCCAGGAUCAGGGUCCAGGUCCUGGACACCAACGACCUCAGGCCCCUGUUCUCACCAACCUCAUACAGCAUCUCCUUGCCAGAGAACACGGCCAUCAGAACCAGUGUUGCCCAGGUCACUGCCACGGAUGCUGACAUCGGGACAAAUGGCGAGUACUACUACAGUUUCCGGGAGUGGACGGACACCUUCUCCGUCCAUCCGACCAGUGGCGUAGUGACGCUGACCGGUCGGCUGGACUACACUGAGAAGAAGCUGUAUGAACUAGAGAUCCUGGCGGUGGACCGUGGCAUGAAACUGUAUGGGAGCAGUGGUUUCAGCAGCAUGGCAAAGCUUACGGUGAGGGUGGAGCAGGCCAAUGAGCAUGCACCUGUCAUCACGGCUGUUGCUCUGUCCCCAUCGGAUGCUGACAGAGACCCCACCUACGCUGUGGUAAUGGUAGAGGAUGGAGACCAGGGGCCGAAUGGGGAGAUAGCGUCACUGAGUAUCGUGGCGGGAGACCCCCUACAGCAAUUCAAAGCUAUGAGAACCAGCCCUGGGAGCAAGGAGUACAAGAUAAAAGCAGUCAGAGAGGUGGACUGGGACACUCAGCCCUUUGGAUACAACCUUACUUUGCAAGCUAAGGAUAAAGGGAGUCCACAUAGGUUUUCCUCUGUUAAAGUGGUCCAUGUGACUUCACCUCAGUUCAAAGUGGGGCCCCCUAAAUUUGAAAAGAAUGUUUACAGGGUCAACCUCAGUGAAUUUGCCCCUCUCCACACACCUGUUGCUAUGGUGUCAGCUGUACCAAAGUAUCCCCAUUUGAAGUAUAUGUUCAGGUAUAAGAUGGAAAAAAAUCGCUUUGAUCUAAAUCCUGACACAGGCUUAAUUACAACAGCUGGACCGAUCCAUGCAGACUAUGCUAGGAGAUACGAGUUGGAGGUCAUUACUAGCGAUAGGAAAACCUCUACUAAAGUUGUUAUCGAUGUGAUUGAUGUGAAUAACAAUGUCCCUGAGUUUAGGCAGACCUCUUACAAAGCCAGUGUUGACGAACAUAUGCCAGUAGGGACCAGUGUUCUUACAGUCAGUGCUAGUGAUCUGGACAGUGGAGAAGAUGGCUAUGUCACCUACAGCAUCACUAAUGUGAGCCCACAGCCUUUUUCCAUUGACUAUUUCACUGGUGUUAUCAGCACUGCCGAGGAUUUAGAUUAUGAACUCAUGCCAAGGAUUUACAAUCUUAGGGUCCGUGCUUCAGACUGGGGCGCCCCUUUUCGCAGGGAAGUAGAGGCACGUGUGACCAUCACACUGAAUAACUUGAAUGACAACAAGCCCAUGUUUGAGAGUGUGGACUGUGAGGCAACCGUGCCAAGGGAUCAUGGCAUCGGUGAACAAAUUGCCACCGUAUCUGCCAUCGAUGCUGAUGAGCUGCAGUUGGUCCGGUAUGAAAUCAAGGCUGGCAAUGAGCACAACCUUUUUGACUUGAACCCAAACUCUGGUGUGCUUUCCCUGAAACAGUCAUUGAGUGAGGGAGAGGGUGCGAAAGGGUCCUUUCACAACUUGCAAAUAACUGCCAGCGAUGGUGAAAAUCUGACCCCGCCAAUGACUAUGAACAUCAGUGUCAUUACCGCUCGGAAACCAGUGCAGUUAAAAUGCAUUGACACUGGGGUCGCUGCGAUGCUGGCAGAAAAGCUGCUUCAGGGUAGUAGGAUCCACAGCCAUGUGGAACCUGAGGACAACUUCUUAGACACGCAUUCCGUCAAUCGCUUUGCACCACAGUUUGCCGAGUCAUUUCCCAGUGUUAUUGAAGUCAAAGAGGACCUUCCUGUUGGGGCCAGAGUCAUUCUGAUCGGUGCCUCAGAUGCUGAUAGUGGAUUCAAUGGAAAGUUAGUUUAUGUGAUUUCUGGCGGAGACACAGAGAGUCGGUUUGUCGUCGAAAUGGACACCGGUUGGCUUCAGGUUUACUCGCCACUCGAUAGAGAACGGACCAAUCACUAUACGCUGAACAUCACUGUUUAUGAUCUGGGAAUACCUCAGAAGUCUACUUCACGUCUCCUGGACGUCACUAUUCUAGACGCAAAUGACAACUGCCCGGAGUUUCUGCAAGACAGCUACUCUGUUGAAAUAAGUGAAAGUGCAGAGGUGGGGACAGAGAUCAUUCAGGUGCAGGCCACAGACAAAGACUUGGGUGCCAAUGGGGAGGUCAGAUAUUCGCUUGUUGCUGACACGGAUCAAUUUUCAAUCAACCAGCAGACUGGCGUUGUGAAGGUGAAAAAGUCACUCGAUCGUGAACUGCAUCCCGUUUACGUGUUGAAGAUCGCGGCGCGGGAUCAGGCCGUGGACGAACCCCAGCUGAUAUCCACCACUUUGCUGAAAGUCAGUCUGGAGGACGUCAACGACAAUCCGCCCAAGUUCGUUCCUCCCAACUACCGGGUGAGGAUACGAGAGGACCUCCCCGUCGGCACGGUGAUCAUGUGGCUGGAAGCUCACGACGCCGACGUCGGUCAGUCUGGCCAGGUGCGCUACAGCCUGGUUGACAACGGGGACGGAAGCUUUGACGUGGACAAGCUGAGCGGGGCGGUGCGGAUUGUGCAGAAUCUGGAUUAUGAAAAAAGGCAGGUGUACAAUCUCACAGCAAGGGCCAAGGACAAAGGGAAGCCACUCUCCCUGUCUUCAACCUGUCGUAUUGAGGUGGACGUGGUGGAUGUGAAUGAGAACCUCUAUCGUCCGUGGUUCCCCUCCUUCGUGGAUAAGGGAUUUGUCAAAGAGGAUGCGCCCAUUGGCACCUCGGUCAUGAAGGUCACCGCAAAGGACGAGGACAAAGCUCGAGAUGGGGAAAUCAGAUACUCCAUAAGGGACGGCUCUGGCCUCGGAAUAUUCACUAUUGAUGAAGAAACCGGCGUCAUCAGGACUCAGGAGCUUCUAGACCAUGAGACCACGCCCCACUACUGGCUGACGGUUUACGCCACCGACCGGGGCGUGGUGCCACUCUCGGCGUUGGUGGAGGUCUACGUGGAGGUGCAGGACGUCAACGACAACGCGCCACAGACCUCCGAGCCCGUCUACUACCCCUCCGUCAUGGAGAACUCGCCCAAGGACGUGUCCAUCAUCCAAAUCGAGGCCUUCGACCCGGAUGUUAGGUCCGGCGAGAAGCUGAGCUACAGGAUCUCCAGCGGGAACCCACAGGGGUUCUUCACCGUCAACUCCAAGACCGGCUUGGUUACGACAACUUCAAGAAGAUUGGACCGAGAACAACAAGGCGAACAUAUUCUGGAGAUCACAGUCACCGACCAAGGCUUCCCGCCGAAGUCCACCUCCGUCCGGGUGAUCGUGAAGGUGCUGGAUGAGAACGACAGCCGGCCACAGUUCCUGGAAAAGCUCUACAAGAUCAAGCUCCCUGAGCGGGAGAAGCCCGAGAAGGAGAGGCUGGUCAAGAGGGACCCCGUCUACAGGGUCAUCGCCUCAGACCGCGACCAGGGCCCCAAUGCCGAGAUAUCCUACAGCAUCGAGGAGGGUGACGAGCACGGGAGGUUCUUCAUCGAGCCCAAAACCGGGCUGGUGUCCUCCAAGAAGUUCUCCUCAGCCGGGGAAUAUGACAUUCUGACUAUCAAAGCCGUGGACAACGGGAGGCCCCAGAAGUCGUCCACCUGCCGGCUGCACGUGGAGUGGAUCCCAAAGCCCCAGCCGUCUGCCCGGCCACUGGCCUUCGACGAGGACUCCUUCUCCUUCUCCGUCAUGGAGGGCGACCCUGUGGCCCACAUGGUGGGGGUCAUCACCACCGAGCCCACCGACUCGCCCGUCUGGUUCGAGAUCACGGGUGGCAACCAUGACAGCCGCUUUGACGUGGGCAAGGGCAGCGGCACCAUCAUCGUCGCCAGACCCCUCGACGCCGAGCAGAAAUCAAAUUACAACCUGACAGUGGAGGCAACAGAUGGAACCAAAUCUAUCAGCACCCAGGUGCUUAUCCGGGUGAUCGAUACCAACAACCAUCGGCCGCAGUUCUCCCAGCCCAAGUACGAGAUCAGCAUUCCCGAGGACACGCCCCCGGAGACGGAGGUGCUGCGGAUCAGCGCCACGGACCAGGACGAGAAGAACAAGCUGACCUUCACCCUCCUGAGCAGCACCGACCCCUUCAGCCUGCGCAAGUUCCGUCUGGACCCGGGGACGGGCCUGCUCUACACGGCCGAGCGACUGGACCACGAGGCCAUGCGCAGGCACACCCUCACUGUCAUGGUUCGCGACCAAGACAUCCCAGUGAAACGCAACCUGGUGAGGGUCAUUGUGGAUGUGGAGGACACCAAUGACAAUGCGCCCUGGUUCAUCGGCGCCCCCUACGUGGGCCGGGUGUUUGAGUCCGCCUCCCUGGGCUCUGCGGUGCUGCAGGUCACUGCCCUGGACAAAGACAAGGGCUCCAACGCUGAGAUUCUGUACAGCAUAGAGUCAGGAAAUGUUGCCAAUUCAUUUGCCAUCGAUCCAGUCCUGGGAACCAUAACUGUGUCAAAGGAGCUUGAUCGCCGCAGCAGGAGCCAGUUUGAGCUGUCUGUGAAAGCAUCAGAUAAAGGAACCCCUCCAUUGAGUACCACAGCUACUGUCCACAUUGAAGUCACAAUCUCUGACAAUGCCGCCCCCAGGUUCGCCGAGAGGGAGUUCUCGGCAGAAGUCGGCGAAAGCGUGCCGGUUGGCAGCUUCGUAAGCCUGGUCAUGGCGUCCAGCCAGUCUUCAGUCUUCUACCAGAUCAAGGAUGGGAACAUUGAUGGUGCAUUCGACAUCAACCCCAACUCUGGCGUGGUGGUUACCCAGAAGGCGCUGGACUACGAGGUUCGACCCUCCUAUAAACUUAGUGUGCAGGGCACCAACAUGGCAGGACUGUCGAGCAACGCCACGCUCCUGGUUCACCUGAGAGACGAGAAUGAUAACGCUCCCACCUUCGCCCAGGCUGUGUUCACUGGGGUAGUCAGCGAGACUGCUCCUGUCAACAGUGUGGUUUUGACAGAGGACAACACGCCACUGGUGAUCCGUGCCACAGAUGCUGACCGGGAUGCUAAUGCCAUGCUAGUUUACCACAUCGUUGAGCCCUUUGCCCAUAACUACUUUGCCAUUGACUCCAGCACAGGGGCCAUCCGAACCACCACUAGUCUGGACUAUGAGCAGAGGACUGAUUUCCAUUUCACUGUGCAAGUUCAUGAUAUGGGGAUGCCUCGCCUCUUUGCCGACAUCGCAGCCAAUGUGACGAUCCGAGUCAUUGACGUCAAUGACUGCGCUCCACGGUUCAACCAAGACCUUUAUGAGACUUCCCUCAUCGUACCCACUUACAGAGGGGUGCAGGUGAUUGCUGUGAACGCCACCGAUGCAGACUCCGGCCCCAACACCAAGCUCAUCUUCUCCAUCUCAGAGGGCAACAUUGGGGACAAGUUUAAGAUGGACCUGAGUUCAGGUGUCAUUUCCAUGCAGAACGUCACCCAGCUGAGGAGCAGGUAUGAGCUGAGGGUGAGGGUGUCUGACGGGAGAUUUGCUAGCACUGCCACGGUGAAAAUCAACAUCCGGGAGAACAAGGAGAGCAGCCUGAUGUUCACCCAGAGCUCAUAUACUGCCUCUGUCAUUGAAAACUCUCCCAUAAAGAAAACGCUUGCAGUCAUAGCCACAGUGGGAAACCAGGUGAACGAGCCUCUGUUCUACACCAUCUUAAACCCAGAUGAAAGGUUCCAAAUUGGCCGCACAUCUGGCGUGCUGUCAACCACGGGCGUGCCCUUUGACCGAGAAGAACGGGAUUCAUACGAUGUGGUCGUGGAGGUGACAAGGGAAAAGAGAUCCUCUGGUCUUGCUCAUGUGGUCAUAACGGUGACUAUCGAGGAUGACAAUGAUAACCCACCCAUGUUUGUCAAUCUGCCCUAUCAUGCACUGGUGCAGGUGGAUGCCGAGGUAGGCCAGGCCAUCAGACAAGUAACCGCUGUAGACGGAGACAUUGGCAGAAAUGCCGAGAUCCACUACUACCUAAGGGAGCAUCAUGACUACUUCAAGAUAAGCCCUGUGGGUGAAAUCUCCCUGAAGAAGCCAUUUGAGCGGGAGACCCUGAAAACAGAGUUUGUGGUCCACAUUGUAGCCGAAGAUGGCGGAGAACCUGCCCUUUCGGCAGAAGUGGAGGUGCCGAUUACAGUUGUGAACAAGGCUGUGCCGGUCUUUGAAAGGCCCUUCUACAGCAUUGAGAUCCCAGAGAGCAUCCAGCUGCUCACUCCUGUGGUGCAUGUUCAGGCUAACAACUCAGAGGGCCCCCGCAUUGUGUACACCAUCUCCGAGGGGGAUCCACUCAGCCAGUUCACAAUCAACUUCAACACGGGGGUUGUGCAUGUGGUGCGGCCUUUAGAUUUUGAGACCCAUCCCGCUUACAAGCUGAGCGUCAGGGCCACAGACUCCCUGACAGGGGCUCACUCCGAUGUCUUUGUUGAUAUCAUCCUUGAGGACGUCAAUGACAACACCCCGGAAUUCUUAGCUAAGGCCUACAGCGGCAAUGUGUCGGAGGCCUCCGUCAUUGGCACCUCUGUGCUGCAGGUGGCGGCCAGGGACGCAGACACAGGCAACAAUAAGGCACUUUUCUACCAGCUGCUGGAAGACGGGGAUGGAAGCUCCGACUACUUCAGCAUCGACCGCGACAGCGGGAUCAUCUGGACAGCCCGUGUGCUAGACCAUGAGGAGCAGCCAAGACACCGGCUGACCGUGAGAGCUGUGGAUGGAGGGGUUCCCGCUCUCUCCAGUGAGGUUGAGGUAUUUGUUGACGUUACCGACCUGAACGACAACCCGCCAGCCUUCACACAGCGUCUUUACGAAGCCACCGUUGGUGAGCUAGCUCCCCGUGGCCACUUCAUCUCGCUCGUGCAGGCCUCUGAUGCUGACAGCUCAGAUGCUGGCAAGCUGGAAUUUGUAAUCCUGUCCGGGAAUGAGGACCAGAACUUUGCCAUCGACCACAAGACGGGAGCGAUUUCUGUCUCCAAUCAUCGCAAGCCCACCAUGGAGCCACUGUAUAACCUCAACAUGUCAGUUUCCGACGGUGUGUUCAGGAGCUCAGCCAUGGUCAGAGUAACUGUCAUUGGUGCCAACUUCCACAGCCCUGCCUUUUCUCAGCUCGAUUCAGUGGUGGAGCUUGUGGAGAACUCUCCAAUUGGCACACUGGUGGUGGAAGCCAAAGCAACCGAUGAGGAUUCUGGCACCUAUGGUAAAGUGACAUACUAUAUUGUGAAUGAUUUAGCCAAGGACAAGUUUUCUGUCAAUGAAGAAGGGGUGAUCUUCACCCAGGAGAGCCUCGACCGGGAGAAUGCAGAAGAGAAGGUGAUCCCCAUAAGCUUGAUGGCAAAAGAUGGUGGAGGAAAAGUCAGCUUCUGUACUAUCAAUGUAAUCUUGACCGACGUCAAUGACAACACACCACAGUUCAGGGCGGCAGAGUACAGAGUCAACGUGGCCUCAGAUGUACCGAGGGGAACCACGGUGGUACGUGUUGGGGCAUCAGAUGUGGACGAGGGGAGCAACGCCGACAUCGCCUACUCCAUCGAAGCAGAGUUGGAAAAUGUGGUGGAGAACUUUGAGAUACACCCCUUCAGUGGUGCUAUAGUGACCAAGGAGAGCCUCAUUGGGUUGGAGAAUGACCUCUACUCUUUCUUUGUGCGAGCUAAGGAUGCUGGGAGCCCAUCCAGGCAGUCCGUGGUUCCAGUCUACAUUCGCAUCCUGGCCCCAGAGGUGCCGGUGCCAAAAUUUGUGGAGACACACUACAGGUACUCCAUCGCUGAGGACCUUCCUGUGGGCUCUGAGAUAGAUGUGGUGCAAGCCGAGAAUGACCAAGAGGUCUUCUACAGUCUGGUGAAGGGGAACACUCCAGAGAGCAACCAGGAUGAGGUGUUUGUGGUGGAUCGGGACACAGGGAGGCUGAAACUGGAGAAGAGCCUGGACCAUGAGACGACCAAGUGGUACCAACUCACGCUGUUGGCACAAAGUGGGCUUGAGGGUAGCCAGGUUGUGACAGCGGCUGAAGUCAACAUUCAGGUGAAGGACGUCAAUGACAACCGACCAGCCUUUGAGUCGGACCCUUACCGGGCUGUAGUGGUGGAGAACCUGCCAGCAGGCACCUCAGUGAUCCAGGUGAAGGCGACAGACCUUGACUCUGGCACCAAUGGCCAGGUGGUGUACAGCUUGGACCAGAACCAAGAGUCGGAGGGUAUCCUGGAGUUAUUCGCCGUCAACAGUGAGACGGGCUGGGUCACCACGUUGAAGGAGUUGGACCGGGAGCAGCAGAGCCAACACACAGUGGCGGUGGUGGCGUCCGACCGAGGAGAGAAGAUCCAGCUGGUGGCCCGCGCCAAGGUGGUGGUGACUGUAGCGGACGUGAAUGACAACGCGCCGCGCUUCACUGCUGAGAUCUACAAAGGGACGGUGAGCGAGGAUGACCCGCCGCCCAGUGGGGUCAUUGCCAUCCUCAGCACUACCGACGCAGACUCGGAAGAGAUCAACAAGCAGGUCACCUACUUUAUAACAGGGGGAGAUCCGCUGGGCCAGUUCGCCAUCGAGCACACUCAGAAUGAGUGGAAAGUCUCUGUGCGGAAGUCCCUGGAUCGUGAGGAGAGGGAUAACUACCUGCUAAACAUCACCGCCACUGAUGGCACAUUCCUGGCCAGGGCGGUGGUGGAGGUCAAGGUCUUGGAUGCUAACGACAACAGCCCAGUUUGUGAAAAGGCUUUCUAUGCAGAGUCUGUUCCUGAAGACGCACCUGAAGGUAGACUCAUCCUGCAGGUGUUGGCUACUGAUGCUGACAUUCGCUCCAAUGGCCACAUUUCAUACCACCUUCUGGGACCAGGGUCUGAGCACUUCAGCAUAGACUCCGAGACAGGUGAGGUGAAGACGCUGCAGCCCCUGGACCGCGAGGAGCAGGAAACGUACGCUCUGACCGUGCAGGCGCUGGACGGGGGAGGCCGCCACUGCGAGGCCGCCGUGCGCAUCACGGUGGAGGACGUGAACGACAACCCGCCCGUCUUCACGUCCGACCCCUACGCCAUCACCGUCUUCGAGAGCACCGAGCCCGGGACGUUCGUGGCACGCCUUCAGGCCACGGACCUGGACCUGGGUGCCAGCGGCGAGGUGCUGUACUCCCUGGUGGACUCGGCAGACGGGCACUUCUCCGUGGACGAGCGCAGCGGGGUGGUGAGCCUGGAGAAGCCUCUGGACCGCGAGGUGCGGGCGGUGUACGCUCUGCAGGCCCGGGCCACGGACCGCGGCGCCCCCCAGAGGCUGUCGGCGGCCUGCGCCGUGGUGGUGUCGGUGCUGGACAUCAACGACAACCCGCCCGUGUUCGAGCGGCGCGAGUACGUGGCGGCCGUGCCCGAGGACGUGGCCGCCGGCUCCCUGGUGCUGCGCGUCUUCGCCGCCAGCCGCGACAUCGAGGCCAACGCCGAGAUCUCCUACGCCAUCGUCAGCGGCAACGAGCGCGGCAUGUUCAGCGUCAACCCCCAGACAGGUGACAUCUUCGUGGUAGAGAGGCUGGACUACGAGACCUCCCACGAGUUCUACCUGACGCUGGAGGCCACGGACGGAGGCACGCCCUCGCUCAGUGACAUGGCCACGGUCAACAUCAACCUGACCGACGUCAACGACAACAGCCCGGUGUUCAGCCAGGACGUGUACGCUGCCGUGGUCAGCGAGGACGCUGAGCUGGGCAGGACCGUGGUGUCUGUGGUAGCUGACGAUGCUGACGGGCCUUCCUACAACCACGUCCGCUACUCCAUCACCGACGGCAACCAGGGCAGCCCUUUCACCAUCGACCCGGUCAAGGGCGAGGUCAAAGUCGCCCGGCAGCUGGACCGAGAGCGGGUAUCGGGGUACACUCUGACCGUGCUGGCAUCCGACAACGGCAGCCCCCCCAAAUCCAGCAACGCCACCGUCAACAUCGACGUGUCCGACGUCAACGAUAACCCCCCAGUCUUCUCCCAGGGCAACUACAGCCUCAUCCUGCAGGAGAACAGGCCCGCCGGAGCGAGUGUCCUGCAGCUGGCCGUGACGGAUCGGGACGCCUCCCACAACGGCCCGCCGUUCUCCUUUGCCAUCGUCCGUGGCAACGAGGGCGGCGCCUUCCAGAUGAGCCAGCAGGGGGCGCUGCUCACAGCCGCCCCACUGAGGCGGGCGCUGAAGGACCAAUACCUCCUGCAGGUCCAGGUGGUGGACAGCGGGAAGCCGCAGCUGGUCUCGACUACGUUCAUCAGCGUCCGCGUGAUCGAGGAGAGCGUCCACCCGCCAUCCAUCUUACCUCUCGAUAUCUUCAUCGCCACCCACGGGGACGAGUACCCGGGCGGGGUCCUGGGCAAAAUCCACGCCACGGACCAGGACGUCUACGACACCCUCACCUACAGCCUGGCCACGCCCGACGACGGGCUCUUCACCGUCUCCGCCGGCGACGGCAAGGUCAUCGCCCGCAAGGGCCUGGACGCGGGGCACUACCCGCUGAACGUGACGGUGACGGACGGGCGCUUCACGGCGGCCGCGGGCGUGAGCGUGCACGUGAGGGAGGUCACCCCCCAGGCGCUGGAGCACUCCGUGGCCGUGCGCUUCGCCUCCAUCGCGCCCGAGGAGUUUGUGGGCGACUACUGGCGCAACUUCCUGCGCGCCCUGCGGAACAUCGCCGGCGUGCGGCGCAGCGACGUGCAGCUGGUCAGCCUGCAGCCGGCCGAGCCGCCGGGCGGGGACCUGGACGUGCUGCUGGCGCUGGAGAAGUCCGGCAGCCCCUACCAGACCCACGAGCUGCUCUUCCGCAAGCUCAACGCCUCGGCCGCCGUCAUCGAGGUGAUGACGGGCCUGCGCAUCGUGCGUGUGGUCAGGAAGCUCUGCGCCGGCCUGGACUGCCCGCUGCACUUCUGCGACGAGGCCGUCACCCUGGAGACCGGCUCGCUGGCCACCUACAGCACGGCCCGGCUCAGCUUCGUCACGCCCCGACACCAGCGCACCGCCGUCUGCCUCUGCAAAGACGGUAAAUGCCCCACCCUGCACCAGCCGUGUGAGGGGAACCCCUGUCCCGAGGGCACAGAGUGCGUGGCCGACCCCAAAGAGCCCAAGUACAGCUGCGUGUGUCCCGAGGGCAAACGCUGUUCCGAGGGCCCCUCCCUGACGUUGGGCGGGAGCGGCUACAUCAAGUACCGGCUGACGGAGAACGAGAACAAGGAGGAGAUGAAGCUGUCGCUGCGGCUCAGGACCUUCUCCAGCCACGCCACCGUCAUGUACGCCAAGGGAACGGACUACAGCAUUCUGGAGAUCGUGAACGGCCGGCUGCAGUAUAAGUUUGACUGCGGCAGUGGGCCGGGCAUCGUCUCGGUGCACAGCACCCAGGUGAACGACGGCGAGUGGCACUCGGUCUCGCUGGAGGUGGACGGGAACUACGCCAAGCUGGUGCUGGACCGGGUGCACACGGCGUCGGGCACGGCCCCGGGCACGCUGCGGACCCUGAACCUGGACAACAGCGUGUUCUUCGGGGGCCACGCGCGCCUGCACGGCUCCCGGCACGGCCGCAGCCUGCCUGUCAGCUCCGGGCUGCGCGGCUGCGUGGCCGCCAUCGUGCUCAACGGCCUGGAGCUCCCGCUGGCCGCCCAGGACCCCGCCCGCGGCCACGCCCUGCUGGACGACCUGGUGGACACCGCCCCCGGCUGCUCCCUGCCCCCCCGCGAAGGCUGCUCCAGCAACCCCUGCACCAACGGAGGGACCUGCUCCUCGCUGCCCAACGGAGGCUACUUCUGUAAGUGCAGCGCCUCGUUCAUGGGAACGCACUGUGAAAUCGGCGUCAGCCCCUGCACCUCCAACCCCUGCCUCUACGGUGGGACCUGCGUCCCGCGUGGAGACGACUUCUACUGCCAGUGCAGGGGACAGUACUCUGGCCAGAGGUGUCAGCUGGGCCCGUACUGCAGAGACAACCCCUGUAAGAACAGCGGCCGCUGCAUCGACAGCCUGGACGGGCCCGUGUGCGAGUGCGAGCCGGGUUUCCAAGGAGACAGGUGCCUGGUGGACGUGGACGAGUGCGUGCAGAACCCGUGCUCCAACGGCGGGCAGUGUGAGAACAGCUACGGCUCCUUCCACUGCAACUGCUCCCUGGGCUUCACCGGGGGCCACUGCGAGCUGAGGGCGGACGUGCACACCGACCUGGUGUCCACCUCCUGGAACAUCAGCCUGGAGGAGGUGGUGGGCAUCGUGGUGUUCGUGGCCAGCAUCUUCCUCCUGACCCUCCUCUUCGUCCUGCUGCGCAAACGCGCGUGCCGGCGGGGGAAGGCCCGGCCCCGGGACGACGACAAGCACGCGGGCGCCGGCCACGCCUUCCUGCAGCGGCCCUACUUCGACGCCAAGCUCAGCAAGAACAUCUACUCCGACGUGCCGCCCCAGGUGCCCGUGCGGCCCAUCUCCUACACCCCCAGCAUCCCCAGCGACUCGCGCAACAACCUGGACCGCAACUCCUUCGAGGGCUCGGCCAUCCCCGAGCACCCCGAGUUCAGCACCUUCAACCCGGACGCCGUGCACGGACACCGCAAGACCGUGGCCGUGUGCAGCGUGGCCCCCAACCUGCCCCCGCCGCCGCCCUCCAACUCCGUCUCCGACAGCGACUCCAUCCAGAAGCCCAGCUGGGACUACGACUACGACGCUAAAGUAGUGGAUUUGGACCCCUGCUUGGCAAAGAAAGGGAUGGAUGAUAUCGGCUGCCACGCCUACAACACCCGUGGGAGCAUGUCGGAGGUGCAGUCUCUCAGCUCCUUCCAGUCCGAGUCAUGUGACGAUAACGCCUCCAUAGUGACUGUUAUACACCUUGUCAAUUCUGUUGUUGACUCGGUGGAAAAAGAAGAGUCUUUCUCCGCUCAUGAGCCCAAGAACUCCAGAGGUUAUCAUUGGGACACCUCAGAUUGGAUGCCAAGUGUUCAGCUUCCUGGCAUCCAGGAGUAUCCGCAGUACGAAGUGGUGGAAGCCCCCAGCACUCUGUACAAUGACCCCAGUGUCCUAGACACCGACUACUACCCGGGGGGCUACGACAUCGAGAGCGACUUCCCCCCACCCCCCGACGACUUCCCCACCCACGACGAGCUCCCCCCGCUGCCCGACUACGGCGAGCGCUACGACACGCUGCAGCCCCCCAGGAGCACGCCCCCGCCCGCUAGCCCCUCCUCCGGGCGCGGCCGCCCGUCGCCACAGCAACAGCGCCCCGGCCAGUACUCGCCGGCGCACCCCCGGCGCUAUGCGCCGGACUCCGCAGAGCCCCAGGACGCGGCCGGCUACCUCCGGGGGGGCUACUCGGGGUACGGGCGGGAGUUCGUAGAGCCGCCCGCCGUGGACAACAUGUCCCUGUCCCUGUACACGUCCACGGCCUCCUGCUCCGACAUGUCGGCCUGCUGCGAGGAAUCCGAGGUCACCAUGAGCGACUACGACAGCGGGGACGAGGGCCAGCGCUUCCCCCGGCUGGACCUCGCCAUCCCGGCGCUGGACGCCCAGCAGCACACGGAAGUCUGACACUGUAUCCCAAACGAAAGUGCCUGUACCCUUUACCUGCCGAGCUAGCGCGCGCGGUACACUAGCGGUGACCGUCAGCCAGGCUAUCGAUGGCCCGAGAGACUGGGGUUUUCUGUGAAGGCUGGGGCUUUUAUUUUCUUCCUUUAUUUUUCUGCUCACCGAUUUCUCUGCGGAUGCCGACUGCUUUGUUCGCCCGAUCCACCCCAGUGCUUGGGAAAAUCUGGUCUCUCCCAUCGACUGCUCCAUUGUUUGAAGUAGCUGUGAGUUGACUGUCACCGUGCACAAAAACUCUGAAGGUACUGCUAAAAACAAAGUGUACAAUUAUGGGAAAAGAUGACAUCAAAAACAAAACAUUUCAAGGUUGUUUCUGUACUUGUGUAGGUCUAACAAGACAGACUAAUUUAAAAAAAAUAAUAAUAAUGACAUAAAAGAUCCUCAUUCAUUUUUUUCUAAAUGUAAAUUUUAAUGUACAGUUUUGAUUUGGAGGUUUACUAGGUUUUUUUGUAGAUAAUUUUAUGCUUUUUAUUUUCAAGACACAAGUUUUAAUGUUUUAACCGUGUGACAUCAGCCUUACUGUAUCACCACCAUGGCAACCAAAACCUGUUCAAGGAGUGUGACUUGUCCAUGUGUGACUACAUGAGAUGUGUAUACAUACCAGUGUCCUGUCGCUCAUUUCAAAGGGGGGAGGGGGGGUUCUCCAGUGAGGGACGGAGUAUUCUUGUGUUGUCGUUAUAUUUGUUUUUUUGUAAAUUGUAACGUUAAACCUUUUAUUUUUCCACCACGAUAAUGGGACCCAAUAUAUUUAUAGUGCGAACUGAUUCGUGGACACGUGAUUUAUUAUUUUUUUCCAAGUGUCUGUAUGUGUGGGAGACGGAGUGGUCUUGUUAAGGUUUUUAUUGAAUACUGCCAUUAGCUCACGCUUUCCUAUUGGCAAUAAAUUAUUCAUAAAAA